AUGGAAGCUGUACAUUUGAAGAAACGCUCCCAUACCUGCGAGCGCUGUGGCAAAUCGUUUUCCGAGAAGAAUGCUUUGCAGAAGCACAUCCGCUCUUUACAUUUGCAGCAGAGAGAUCACCCAUGCGAAUAUUGUGGAAAAUCAUUCUUUUUGAGAUGCUACGUUCGAAGACAUGUAGAAGCUGUUCACUUGAAGGAAAGGCCCCACAGAUGCGAGCAUUGCGAUGGAUGCUUUUCUCGGCGAAGUAUGUUAAGAAGGCACAUUGAAUCAGUGCAUUUAAAAAAACAUUCUCACAGAUGCGAACAUUGUGACAGAUUCUUCUCUCAGAGCGGUGUAUUAAGAAGACACCUCGAAACAGUGCAUUUAAAGAAAAAGCCCCACAGAUGCGAGCAUUGUGACAGAUGCUUUUCUCAGAGGAGUGUGUUAAGAAGGCACACUGCAUCAGUGCAUUUAAGUGAGUAUUCGUUUUAUGGUGUUAUAUGUUUUCCAUUAUUCUAGGUGUGCUCACAGUUAUUCUGCUGAAUUUCAUCUGACUCUCUGUACUACAUGGGGUUACGCGUUGUAUGUGACGUGGUUUAUGUGGUCAUGUUUGCGCCCACAUUGGCUUUCUUUCCCCCUCGUGUUAUGGACACCAGAAAAUUAAACUAAUCACUGAG